AUGCCAGGAGAACUGCAUCAUGACGGAAUCACAAACGAUGAAGAUUACGAUGUCUUCACCGACGGGAGUGUCCUGAUUAUGAAGCAGCUCCACCCUGACGGCUCCCUCGCCGGCCCCAGGCCCUACCUCCUCUCCGAGAGCAAGUACGAGAUGCUGAAGCUCACCGGACAAGAGCUCACUUUCGACGUCGACGUUUCCAAGUCGCCUUGCGGCAUGAACGGCGCUCUCUAUCUCUCCGAGAUGGCCCAGGACGGAGGCAAGAGCGAGCUAAAUACCGGCGGUGCCCGGUACGGAACCGGAUACUGCGACGCCCAGUGCUUCGUCCCGCCUUUUAUCAACGGCGAGCCUAAUUUUCAGGGCAAGGGCUCUUGCUGCAACGAGCUGGACGUGUGGGAGGCCAACAGGCCCGCCACCUGUAUUGUGCCUCACACCUGUGGACCCCCUGGCUUGUAUAAGUGCGAGAGCGAGGAGUGCGAGUUUGAAGGCGUCUAAGGUAAAUGGGGUUGCACCUAUAACCACCUAUAUCCUCUCCUACGGUUGUAGGGCCAGCUACCUAAUUACCACCUAGGUAGGUAGUUUACGUUCCGUAUUAACUUAGUCUCCAUUCCCAUCGUUCUCAUUUAUGAAAAGGGACAAUUGAUUAUAACAUAAACCCCCAGGUUAUUCCGAGUAAGAUGGAGCGGAACGGUCAGUAGAACCCCUGGCUGUAAAAGUACAGGAAGGCCCGA